CCCAUACACACACCCACACCUCUUACACACACACGCGCUCUCUUUCUCUCUCACAACUCCUGCCCCCACGCGGGGGGAAAUUCACGACCAAAUCGAAAGCGGGAGCGCAAGCGCAAGCGCAAGCGGAACGAUGGCUGCUGCAGCCCUGGACCCUGUUUACCCCGCAGAGCACGGGAGCGCCGCUUGACACGGACGGACCCAGUUGACCGCCGCUUUGAUACAGUAUACACAGCGUUUCACUCCCUCGCUGCUGUUUUUGCUGUUGGAUAAUCUUGUUGAGGGGAGCCUUCCUUCCGCCUCCUUCUCUCGUGGACCACCACCUCGCGACGGCUCAAGAGCGGCCCAGCCAGCUCCCAGUACCGCCCGCAUCUCUCAGUGCAGCGUCUAGCAAGAAGGGGGUGGAAGUACGGUAGCAUCCCUCCAUCCGAGGGCACCCCACCCUCCCCCCCUCCCUCCCUUAUUCUGUCCUUUCAUACCAUCAUACACCAAAGCUCCAGGGGUCUCGUCUAGCCGGGGACCAAGAAAAGGGGAGGUGGAGGAGGAGGAGGGAGAGAGGGAGGCUAGCAGUGGCGCACUCUCCGCGUGGGAAGGCCGGCCUGAAGCGCCCCUCUGUCGGAGGAUGUUGCGGGAGUAGUACGUCUCUCAGCGGAAGAUGGGGAAGGACCAGGAGCUGCUGCAGGCGGUGAAAACCGAGGACCUGCUUACAGUGCAGAAGCUACUGCAAAGGCCCCGGCCAGGGAAAGCAAAGUUGCUUGGGUCUGCAAAGAAAGUGAAUGUCAACUUCCAGGAUACAGAUGGAUUUUCUCCUCUGCAUCAUGCGGCCCUCAAUGGGAAUCUGGAGCUCAUCACUUUGUUGCUGGAGUCACAAGCAGCUGUUGACAUCAGAGACCAGAAAGGCAUGCGACCAUUGCACUAUGCGGCCUGGCAAGGGAAGGCCGAACCCAUGAAGAUGCUCUUAAAAUCUGGAUCAUCUGUUAAUAUCCAGUCAGAUGAAGGACAAAUUCCUCUCCACCUGGCAGCGCAGCACGGACAUUAUGAUGUGUCUGAAAUGCUGCUGCAGCACCAGUCCAACCCAUGCAUUGUGGAUAACGCAGGCAAAACACCUCUGGACCUCGCCUGUGAGUUCGGCAGAGUCGGGGUUGUCCAAUUAUUGCUGUCAAGUAACAUGUGUGCUGCUCUACUGGAACCCAAGAAAGGAGAUACCACCGAUCCCAAUGGGACAUCUCCUCUACACUUGGCUGCCAAGAAUGGACACAUUGACAUUAUCAGACUGUUGAUCCAGUCGGGAAUAGACAUCAACCGACAAACCAAGGCGGGUACUGCCCUGCAUGAGGCUGCCCUCUGCGGCAAGACCGACGCGGUGAGACUCCUGCUGGAAAGCGGUAUAAACGCUACAGUGCGUAACACCUACAGCCAGACUGCGCUGGACAUCGUGUAUCAGUUCACUGCAACCCAAGCAAGCAGAGAGAUCAAGCAGCUACUCCGGGAUGCAUCAGCUGCUCUUCAGGUUCGAGCAUUGAAAGAUUACUGCAACAAUUAUGACUUAACCAGCCUCAACAUCAAAGCAGGGGAUGUCAUUACGGUGCUGGAGCAGCACCCCGAUGGACGCUGGAAAGGCUGUAUCCAUGACAACCGAACAGGAAACGAUAGGGUGGGCUACUUCCCUUCUACAAUGGUGGAGGUCAUCAGCAAAAGAACAGGUUUGGCCAGCACAGUCAUUUGCACUCAACAGUUUCAAAAGAUACCGCUGGUUGCCCCGGCGACGGUUGCCCCUGCCAACGUGGUAGUCAACGGCAACGACACCACGUUCCAUCAGAUCCAUAUCCUGCCUCCACCGCCUCCUCCUCCACCACAUUCCCAUCAGCCACUGCUUCCACUUUUCACUUCCUUUGGCUAUAACAGGUCGCCCGUGACAACCCCACAGGGAGACACCCCCACUGCCCCAGGUUGUCGUGGCUCAGAGGCAAGUCCUCACAGCUCCCCCACCACGUCCUGUGGGCCCCACGGAGGCUCCAACGAAGAGAUCUGGGUACUGCGCAAGCCUGUGGCAGGCGGAGACCGCAGCAGUUUAGGGAGUUCUAGCAGCGUGACCAGCGUGAGGUCAUCAGGCAGUGGUCAGAGUGCUGGAAGUGCUGCACAUAUCCUCCAUGCGCAGGCUGAAGGGGUUAAGCUUCUAGCCACAGUUUUGUCUCAAUCGACCAAAGCCAAGGAACAUCUGCUGGAGCAGUCCAAGUCAGUAGACCAGCCUUCAGUAGGUUCUGCCAGUUCCUCUCGGACAUCGAGCCUAUCAGGCUGCCCUCUCCAUGAAGCGCCACCUUACGAUGCCACAAUGAACAGGAAGGGGGAGGCGCCAGGAGAUGGGAAGGAUCUGACAGCCAUUGGAAUAACUAAACCAGGUCACAGAAAGAAGAUGACAACAGAGAUUAAUAAACUGAGCAGCACAGAAUGGGUGCCUGAACAAAAACCUGCCAGUCUAGGAGAAUGGUUGUGUGCUAUUGGUCUAAGUCAGUACCACCAGGUAUUAGUACAGAAUGGUUAUGAAAACAUCGAUUUCAUCACAGACAUCACUUGGGAGGACCUACAGGAAAUUGGCAUUACCAAACUGGGCCAUCAGAAGAAACUAAUGCUGGCAGUGAAGCGACUGGCUGAAAUGCAACGCAAUUCAGAUGGGCGGGGCUCCCUCAGAAAGAAGCCCCCACCAAUCACGCAGCAGCAGGAAGUAAUGUCAAUGGAAGGCCCGCCACCAGAUGAUCUGAUGUCUCCUAAAAUGAGCACCUUCCAGGACAGUGAGUUGAGUAGUGAGCUGCAGAAUGCCAUGACCCACUCAGCUCAGGAGGUCAAAGCUCAGCCAGUGCGUCGUCUUAACAAGGAACCUGAUGAAAUGAACUCUGGAGGUGGAGGAGGACCACCCAAAAAGGAGGCAAGGACAAUGAGGCAGCAGAGCAGCCAAGGAAGCACCUCCUCUCACAGAAGCAGUGUGUCAUCUCAAGGCAAACACCGUCACUCCCACUCACAGCCCGCACCCCCCUACACACCUCCACACACUCCAACCAAGACCAGGAACUCGUCAUCUUCUUCCACCUCCUCAAUCCAGAGCACAUCAUCUCCCCAGUCCAAACACAGGGUGUCACCCCAGUUCAUCCAAGGUGAAGGACCUCUGUCGCCACGUUCACACGGCUCUCAGUCUCCAAACCAUCAUAGUGCUCCUGUCCUAUCUCCACAGCAGAAUCAAAUCCCCUAUCAGAACCACCCACAGGGGACUGGUGAUUGUACCCAAGCACAGGUCCCAUACCUCUGUCUCCCACCAGAAGCUGGGCUUGCAGAUGGGGAUGAAGCUGAUCCCUCUGCACACCAGAAAAAGCGUGCCAACAGUCUCAAUCGUCAUACUGCUUCGGAUGGCGAGUGUGACGAGAGGACUGUGUCUGGAAGAGGACGUGGUGGGGAAGGAACGAUCACCACAGGUCAAGGCUCCAACAUUAGAUCAGAAGAUGGUAAAUAUGCCACUGUCACCCACCGUGUCAGCCGCAGUCACUCUGUACGCAACCAGGAUAAAGCUCUUACUCGUAACCAGCCCCAGUCUAUUACUUUGCGCCAGAAGAAAAAAGGGCCACCCCCUCCACCUCCCAAACGCUCCAGCUCUGCGAUAUCGACCUCGAACUCUAACCUGACAGAAGGGAACACACCACUGCAAGUCGUGACUACCACUGAUGGAAUGUUGGAUGUGCCUUACCACCAACAACGACGGGCAAGCGACUUGGGAGUAUCCGUUGAAACGGGAACUGUGGAGACAAACAGCAUGGGAAGCGUGAGGAGCAUUGCUGCUAUGCUGGAAAUGUCUUCUAUUGGCGGUGGAGCCAAGGGGAUGGCACUACAGAAGAACUUCCUGCAGGCAGGGAAAACACGCGAAACCAUUGGUCUGGAUGGAGAAGUUGUGAACCGAAGACGGACCAUUAGCGGGCCCGUCACUGACCUAGUGGCAGCUGCAAAGCGCGACCAGCCGACACUAUCCGUCGUCUCCCAGCCUGAAUCCUCCUCACCCCCUGUAACAUCAUCGUCCCCAAAUCCCAGCCCCGGUGGAAGUGGUAGCUCUUCUGAAAACCUGCCGUUUGCAGAGGAGGGAAGCCUGACUAUUCGCCGACAAGGUCGCGAAGGACAGUGUGUAUUUUGUGUCUGUCUGCAGGGCGACGGCGAGGGAUCCCAGGGGGAUGGAGGUUACACUGAAGAAGACAUCUCCCGGGUGGAAGCCACUGCAACCUUAAAGCGACGGCCGCGCAGCUCAAAGACCCACCCGAAUGGCUCUGGCUUCACCCUCCAGGAGUCAUCCACCGUCAAACGGAGGCCCAAAAGUCGCGACAAGGAGCCAGAGGGCUACGCAGACGGAGAUGCCCCUGGUAGCGGAGUGCCAAACACCACACAGCCAGUACCUUAUCAAAAUGGCACAGCCACAGUGAAACGUCGCCCGGUGUCUGAUGUCGAAGUGACAGAGCAGCCACAGCCUCAACCCCAACCACUAACUCAACCAGAAGCUCAACCCCAAUCCCAAGUAAGUGCUGCUCCGAGAAGGGAAAGUUUGGACCAAGGAGUUCCAGUGGGCAAUGAAGAAGCUCCAGUGAAAAAACCUAAGCCUCCGGUUUCCCCGAAACCAUCCGUGGCACAGAUCAAAAGACAAGGGGGCCCACAGAACAGUCCGCAGACGGCCUCAAACAAAAGAGUGCCACUGCCGGGACCAGGGACACCUGGCAGUCCAGUGGAAGGAAAAAAGAUUCCUCCUCCAGUCUCUCCAAAACCUGCCCCCCCACCCACGGCGCCAAAGCCAGCCAAACUGAUCCACUCCAUGACCAGCCCCUGUUCCCCGACCUCGGCCACGCCUCCGGCAAAGCUGCACCACGCAGUAGCCAGGCAGACCAGCUCGCCACCCUCACUUCCGAAUUCCAACACCCCCAGCCCACCAAACGUGAAGUUACCAAGCCCGUCCGCGCAAAGUCCUCAUACCCCGCAGACCCCCACCACGCCGCAGACUCCUCAGACACCUGCCACUCCCAGCCCGCCAGUCAAGCCUCCUCGCUCCUCCAUAGGAGGUGUAUCUGUUGACAGUGGGAUGACGGCGGUAGGAAUGAAUGCGCCGCUAUCGGCGACGACAGACUUUGGGGUAGAUUCUUUGGUGCAUCAGAAGCUGGAGGAGACGAGUGCAUCGCUAGCUGCUGCCCUGCAGGCUGUUGAGGACAAAAUACUGCGGCAGGAGGAUUCCGUGACAGAGCAGAAGACCACCGUGAGCAUCCUCGACGACAUCGGCAGCAUGUUCGACGACCUGGCCGACCAGUUGGACGCCAUGUUGGAGUAACCAGACGGCGCAUCACCAUGGCGACGCCGCACCCGAAGUGACUCAGAUGGCACGAUGGGCAAUUCUGCUCUCCAUUCCUCAUCUUUCUUUCUAAUCAUUCUUCGCUCAUGGACUUGGCACUCUUCAUGUCUUAGGGGCCAUCUGUCCGUCCUGCACUGCUCUGGGAAACCUCUUAUCCUCCUCAGCAGACAGCGCAUUGACAAUAAAGAAAACAAUAGGAAGAGAAUGAGGAGGAAGAAGAACAUCAACAAAGGGAGGGCUCCUACAAUCAAAAUAGGCGCCAUCCUUUCAGACCUACAAACAAAUGAACUAAACAAAAUAGUGAUUGAAAAAGCAACAGUGUGAUGAACCAUUGUAUGGUAUGUGUACAUUCUAAGCAUGGAGAGUUUAUAUCUACUGAAAAAGUCCUGCAUUAGCACAGUAAUAUAUAAUCAUCUACAAAUUAUUAUGAAUCUCUCGCUCCUUGGAUUGAUGUCUGUGUGGAAUUCGGACCUCUGGUAUUUUGACGAAAUGACGUAAUCUACAACCAAAACCUGAACAUUUAGCCCCCAAAGUGUGCAUCCGUGUGUGUUUGAAUGAGAUGGUCAUAAAAAGACGAGUUUAAAGUGUGCAUGUGUACACACAUGUAAACAGGGAGAAGCACAAUGGCCCAUCCGAGUAGCUCACACACAAAUGCACACAGGAGCCUGCACAAUAUAUGGAUGGAUGUGAGCAAAGGGGAUUGAGGGCUACAGGUUGUUCAUGACAAAUGUGGGGUUUUACAAGUGUUUGGUUCUAGGAUGAAUUCAAAAUACCAAAUGUUUUUUUUUUUUAAAGAGGUCAAAAGCAGCACAGCAAAAGUUUCACCUAAUCACCGAUCCCUGCUGUUAUUUUGAAACACAGAGAGGAUGAUAUUAAGAGUAUACCAUGAAACUCAGUACAUUUUUAUACCUGGUUCAAUGGUAUGAUUUUUUUUAUGUGGUGGGUGGGAUAGCCUAACAAUUAAGUAUCUGAUUUUUUCAGUAAAUAUUUGAUUUCCGAUUAUUUUUCUCCCAUCUACUUUUUUAAGGAGACCGUAAGGACAAGGGCCUAGGUUUGGUCUCAACAUUGGUAGGUUCGGUAUAAAAGCAUAACCUACAUGUACACUUUUUGCUGGGUAGGGGACAUUAAAAAGACCAAACAGUUUGGUUGAACGGAGGUCAGGACCACAAUUCUCACAAAUAUGAACCCAAUUAAUUAAUAGGCUAAAUGAUCAAUGCAAAAUAAAUCUGCAUUGACUUAUAACUUUCAUGUGUAUUGGUCAGGUGAUACACCGUUUGAUUCAAACCUUUAUUAUCAAAAACUACAUUUUGAAAACUUACAGAAUAAAUGUCUGGUUUUUAUUAGCAAAUUUAAAUCGCAAUAUUUGAACUAGGGCUGUCAAACGAUUAAAAUUUUUAAUCGAGUUAAUUACAGCUUAAAAAUUAAUCGUAAUUAAUCGCAAUUAAUCGCAAUUCAAACCAUCUAUAAAAUAUGCCAUAUUUUUCUGUAAAUUAUUGUUGGAAUGGAAAGAUAAGACACAAGAUGGAUAUAUACAUUCAACAUACGGUACAUAAGGACUGUAUUUGUUUAUUAUAACAAUAAAUGAACAAGAUGGCAUUAACAUUAUUAACAUUCUGUUAAAGCGAUCCAUGGAUAGAAAGACUUGUAGUUCUUAAAAGAAAAAUUUUAGUACAAGUUAUAGAAAUUUUAUAUUAAAACCCCUCUUAAUGUUUUCGUUUAAUAAAAUUUGUAAAAUUUUCAAUCAAAAAAUAAACUAGUAGCCCGCCAUUGUUGAUGUCAAUAAUUACUUACACAGUGCUCAUGGGUGCUAAAGCCUAUAAAAUAAGUCGCACCCAAGCACCAGCAGAGGGCGGCAAAACUCCAUAAAACACAACAAAUGAUUGAAUGUACUGUCAUUUAAAUCUGUCUGAGCGGGGCAUCUGCGUUAAUUGCGUCAAAUAUUUUAACGUGAUUAAUUUAAAAAAUUAAUUAACGCCUGUUAACGCGAUAAUUUUGACAGCCCUAAUUUGAACAUAAAUUAUAUUAACAUACAAACAGUACGUACUUUUUACCUCGACUAUGAUUAAUGUAUGAUUACCUGAAAAAAUGUUUGCAUAAGCUGCAAAUAAAAAUAUUUUUUAAAAUGUAGAAAAUAAAUAAGUACAUCAGCUAAUCAAAUGUGCAUUUGAGGGGAAAAAAUGGGCCGGCACAUUCUGCAAGUGAAAAGAGGUAAAUGUAAGUCAUAACAUAAUGAAAAUAAUUCACUUUAUAACGAUAGGCUCUAUUCUAUCCUUACAGCAUUUGGGAAGACAAAAUUACCUAUAUAAUUGGACUCAUUAUUAUAUGUAAAUAAGGUUGCUUAAAAGUUGGUGGGGACAAUUUGAGCAUCCUGAAAAGUUGGUAGUGUUUUGUCCCAAUGAAUAAGGACAAGAGACAGAGAAAGCUGAAAAAGUUUAGGCCACUUACUGAACUCAUUGGCUGCCAUUGAUGGUUCAAGCAGUCAAUGGCACUGUAACAUGAGCAUUCACAGCCAAUCAUCCCAGUCUAAAUGAAUUGGAUGUAUAUCAUCAUUUACAGGCAGUGAGUAAAAUGCUAUGAAAUUUAACACACACAAAAACAAAAAAAAACUAAUGGGGGCCAUAACCAGAGUAUAUUUUUGUUUUUACAUUUUUUUAAAGUCUUAUUUUCAUUUAAAAUUUCUGUUUUUUAUUAAUUUGCAAUUUUAUUUAUUCAUUAGAAAUUAAUGUAAAAAUAAUGAUGAAUACAUUUUCAAAAUUGUAUCAUUUGAAUGUGGUGUUACAUAUGUGGACAUCAGACCAAACAUGUAUAAAUGUUAAAAUUUAUAUAUUUACUUGCUCUUUAAAGUGUUAUACGCAAUAUUAAAUGUUGAUCAAAAUUAGUGAUACAUUUUUGUCAUAAACAUUUCUCUCCCUCUUUUUCCUGUCAGCCCCCCACCCCCCCAAAAUGAUUAAAUUAAAAAAAAUUUUUUUUUUUUUUUUUUUAAUAAUAAUCCGCAGUAAAAAUCUCUAAUUUAUAACAUCGAUUUAUCGCCUAAACUGAGGUGGAUGGAAUGUGGCUGUAGUAAUGCUGAGGGAAAAAUUGAUUUUACUCCCACCUUUUUCAUAACACUGAAGCAAACUGACUAUGAAAUGCAGCAUUUGCUGUAAUUGCAAACCUUGACAAGUCCUAGCUUUUUUUCAGACUGGAAAGAAUCACUACGUGCACAGACUCAUCUUUGUGAACAAAUUGACUGAGUGCACUACUAAGACGAAGUCGUGGAAUCAAUAUAAUGAGCAUACUCGUGAAAUCGUAGUUGUUUGGAAGAUACGUCCUUCAUUCACAUCUAUCAUUUUAGAAUAAAUCAAGACAUCUAAUCUAUGUCAACAUCAAUAAAAUAAAAGAAAGGGGAAAUUACAAAAACUUGGUAUGCAUUAAAAUGCUUACUAUUGAAUUGAUCAAACUAAAGACAUCUGGUAACAUUUGUCCUCUUCAUUUAUGACAAAAACUGGUAGAAAAGUUGUUGCAGGUUCGCUCCCCUACCUGGUGACCAUGACAGAGUUCCAGAGGUGGGUAGUAAUGCGUUACAUUAAUGCUGUUACAUUUACUUGAGUAACUUUUUGGGAAAAAUGUACUUCUAAGAGUAGUUUUAUUUUGCCAUACUUUUUACUUGAUUAGAUUUGUGAAGAAGAAAUACUACUCUUACUCCGCUACUUUGGGCCACAGUAGUACGUUACAUUUUUCCUCUUUAUUCUACAUAUUAGAGAUUACUUUUUUGGGGGGUGAGGCCAACAGUGGUUCUAACAGUUUCACCAAUGAGACAUCGCAACAGUCAUCACAUGACUUCAUUAUACCAAUCAGGCUAAAACUUGCCGUUCUUUGAUCACGCUGGCCUGUUCAAUCACGUGACGUCUUUGAAGCACCGUAAAAAAAUUAAAUAUUUGACUUAGAGCGCUGCCACUAACAUGACUCGAAAGCACGGAUUUUAUUUAACCUCUCUCCCAGUUUUUAUUUGGCACCGAUUGACUAAGGAAACCUGGAGAGAUGAUCCUUUUAGUUUCAUAAUAGGAAAUAUGUUUCUCCACUAGAGGGCACUCAUGCUUUUUGGAUGAAUAAUGCUUCAUUUCUGUAGAUUUUUCUCUCUCGCCAGAAUUCAAUGGGUUUUUUUUUUGUAUUUUUUAGGGCAUACUGUGGUUAUGUAAUAGAUUAUAGUAUAGUAUAAUAUUAAAAGUUCAUAUACUGUACAUAACUGUGCUGAGAAAAAAAAUACCAUUGCUAAAAAAAAAAAAAUCAAACAUCCUGAGCAGUUACUCACAAUGUUACUCAUUACUUGAGUAUUCUUUUCAUCAAAUACUUUUUUACUUGUACUUUAGUACAUUUUUUGGGAUGACUACUUUUACUUGAGUAAUAUUAUUCUGAAGUAACACACUUGAGUACAAUUUUUGGCUACACUACCCACCAGUGCAAAGUUCCUUUCACAGUAUUAUUAACCCCACGGUACUAAUGAUGCUGUGCUGUCAGGAGGUAAAUGAGGUGGUAAUGUCAAAGCACUUUGAGCGCCUUGAAGGUGGAAAAGUGCUAUGUAAGCCCAUUUACCAUUUAAAACAAUCCCACAUUAGACGAUUUUUUUUUCUCAAGCCCCCACCCCACCCACACACACGUACACUUGCAGGCACCCACCCUGCGUUGCCAUGACAAUCCAAUUCAUCAUCAUCCCCACCAUUCCAAAUGGAGUUGCUAUGGUUACUGCACAAUGUGUCACAACAACAGUGUUAGAAAAGUGUUAGAAGGAGAGGCAUGCAGCAGAGAUCGGUGAAGAUGGAUGGUUUGCUUAAGCAACAUUAAAGACGGGCUCCCUGAUGUAACUGACUAUUGAUUGAUACCCUAUUUAAGCGCAUGCGGUGCUAGGCAAAACAACUGAAUUGCUGUGUAGAACUGAUGGAGUACCCUUUUAAAUUGCUUAAUCCAACCCGAAACGGCAUCCAGGACAAAGGGACCCAAAGCAGCCACUCUCCUUAUUCAGAGAAUAAUUGUGCUAUUUAAAUCAUAUAGAGAUUAUAAUAUAUAUAUAUAUAUGGAUAUUUGCAACAACAAAAAAAUAGUAUUUAUGAUGUAUGUGUCAAUCUGAAGACUAUUUUUCAAAGUUAGCAGAUCUAAUCUGAGUGUUGAACCAAGUUGCUUCUCCAUGCUUCAGUGGUGUGAGCUGAUGAGUCGUUUUAUGGUUCCUUGUUGGGAUGUUGUUCUUGCCUACAUGUGUUCAAUUGUCCCACUGUAGCUAUGUGUGUAUAAUACAAGCAACACGUCUUGAACCCUUAUCAUUUGGAUUCCAUUGAUGGCAGUUGUUUUCCAUUGAAACAUGUGCCUUGCUUUGUGAUUUUGCUCUGACUUCUAGUACACUUGAUGGGAAUGAACCACCCCCCCGUCCCAUUAAAUUAACUUGUCAGCCUCUUACCUUUCCCGACAAUAGUUUUUUUUCUCCCCCAUUGUUUGUCAGUCUUGCACUUUUACACUUUUAGGAAUUGAUUUAAUAAACGUUUAUGAACACUUAUAAAUUUAAUCAUACAAAACAUGUACUAGUACCGUAUUGGCCCGAAUAUUAGACAGUGUUUUUUGCAUUGAAAUAAGACUGAAAAAGUGGGGGUCGUUUUAUAUUCACGGUCUAGACGUUAUACCUAUUCACAACGCUAGGUGGCGCCAGAUAUCAUUGAAGCGAUGUUCUGUCAUGACAGAUCUCAGCUAC